AUGUUGGGCUUUCGACUCUUUCUAUUGCUGCAGUGCAGCCUUUUCGUUUUUUGCGGUGUUUGUUUGAUUCCUCAGCCAAUAAUGAGACAGCGCUCCCUAAAGGAUCUAAAGGAUAAAGUAGAGAAAAAGUGGAUAUAUUCACCCCGCCUGGAUGGUCGCAUUGUUGGAGGACAUCGCAUUAAUAUCACCGAUGCACCACAUCAGGUCUCUCUGCAGACGUCAAGUCACAUUUGUGGCGGUUCCAUAAUUUCCGAGGAGUGGAUAUUGACAGCGGCUCAUUGUACUUAUGGCAAAACCGCAGACCGAUUGAAGAUCCGCUUGGGUACCUCGGAGUUUGCUCGCAGCGGCCAAUUGCUGCGUGUCCAGAAGAUCGUCCAGCAUGCUCAGUUCAACUUCACCAAUGUGGAUUACGAUUUCUCUCUGCUUCAGCUGGCUCAUCCUAUCAAGUUCGAUGAGACCAAGAAGGCCAUAAAGCUCCCGGAAGCCCAAAUGAAGUUCAUGGAUGGAGAGACUUGCUUUGUAAGUGGUUGGGGCAACACGCAGAAUCUUCUGGAGUCCCGGGAAUGGCUGCGACAGGUGGAAGUGCCUUUGGUUAAUCAGGAAUUGUGCAGUGAAAAGUACAAGCAGUAUGGAGGUGUUACUGAGCGUAUGAUUUGUGCUGGCUUUCUGGAGGGUGGCAAGGAUGCCUGUCAAGGUGAUUCGGGCGGACCCAUGGUCAGUGAAUCCGGUGAGCUUGUGGGCGUGGUCAGUUGGGGUUACGGCUGUGCCAAGCCGGAAUAUCCGGGUGUAUACUCGCGGGUGAGUUUCGCCCGGGAUUGGAUCAAGGAGCACAGUGGUGUGUGAGAAAUUCUUUGAAUGAAUUUUUUAUGCUUUAAGAAAUGCAUGAA